AUGCCGCACCAAGGGGCUGGCGGCGUGAACCAGCUGGGGGGGCUCUUCGUGAAUGGCCGCCCCCUGCCCCCCUGCAAGAGGAAGAGGAUCGUCCAGCUGGCGGCGAGUGGGGUGCGCGCCUGUGACAUCUCCCGGAGCCUGAAGGUAUCCAAUGGCUGCGUCAGCAAGAUCCUGGGCCGCUACUACCAGACAGGCGCCGUGGAGCCGAAGGCCAUCGGCGGCAGCAAGCCCCGCAUGGCCACCCCAGAGGUGGUGGCCCGAAUCGCGCAGCUGAAGCUGGAGCACCCGUCCAUCUUCGCGUGGGAGAUCAGGAGGAAGCUGGGCUCCGAAGGCAUCUGCGCCAGCGACCGGACGCCCAGCGUGUCCUCCAUCAACCGGGUGCUGAGGAACCUGCAAGGGGACAUGCGCAUCCCUGCAGACCGUUUGAAGGCGCCCGCGUCCCGGUGGCCCCCUGGGAGGAGCUCAGCGUCGGCCAGGGGACCCCCGCCGGGCGUCCAGCACCGGAACAGGACGAUCUUCUCAAGCCAGCAGUCCGUGGCCUUGGAGAAAGAAUUCCAGAGAGGGCAGUACCCCGACUCCGCUACCCGGGAGAAACUGGCCUCAGCCACCCAGCUCCCCGACACCACCAUCAGGGUUUGGUUUUCAAACCGAAGAGCCAAAUGGAGACGAGAGGCAAAGCUGAAGCUGGAGACUGACCGUGCAGGGUCGUGGUGUGACUGGAUUCUGUCCCCCUUUGCACCAACUCCCCAGGCCUUUGCUGCUUUUCAUCCGUCCUCAAUGACCGACACCAUCUCCACACAGGAUUCCCCUCUGCCCGCCAGACCCACGCCGUCAGCCAGCAACGGGGCUCUGGCCCUUCUCCCAGGGGAUGAUCCCGGCUGGAUCCACCCCGUCAGGAUGGUGGAUUAG